AAAAUUUCUGGUUGUACAUAAAUCGGAAAUAAUUAUUAUUAAUUAAAAACGAAACAUCCAGGCAGUUUUAAAGUUUCUACGACAAUUUCGAUUUAAAAUGUCGAUUGCUGGAUUAAAAAAGCAAGUUAACAAGGCCAACCAGUUCAUGAGUGAGAAAAUAGCAGGAGCAAAAGGUACUGAGCUAGAUGAUGUGUUUGUUGACAUGGAAAAGAAAACAGAUGUGCUUGAGAAACUAAUGCAUGAACUUGCCAGCAAAGUCACUGAACUUUUGCAGCCAAAUCCUGCCUCUAGGGCCAAAAUGGCUGCCUCUCGUGGCAUAUCAAAGAUCAAAGGUCAGUCAAGCAACAUGGCCUACCCGCAACCUGAGGGCCUCCUUGCUGACUGCCUGGUCAAAUAUGGUCCUGAGUUAGGAACCACAUCACUCUAUGGUGGUGCAUUGAUGGACAUGAGUGAAUGCUUCCGAGAGAUGGCAGAUGAGAAGUACAAGUUAGAAGACAGUGUGAAGCAGAACUUUCUGGAACCCAUCCAUCAACUGGAGAACAAAGAAAUCAAAGAAGUCAAUUUUCAUAGGAAAAAGUUGGUUGGUAGAAGGCUUGAUUAUGACUGCAAGAAAAGGAAACAUUCAAAGGCAGGGACCUCAGUUUCAGAGGAUGAGUUGAAUCUGGCAAAGGAGAAAUUCGAAGAGAGCAAGGCUCUGGCAGAGAAUGCAAUGGGCAACCUGCUAGAUAAUGAUGCAGAGCAGAUAUCUCAGUUACUGGCGUUUGUGAAGGCAGAGCUGGUCUAUCACAGAAAAUGUACUUCAUUACUCGAAAAUCUGGCCAACUCUCUUCAAAAAAAAAGUGACUCAGCAGCAUCGCACGUGGUACCAAAAAGAGAUCGCCAGCCCUCCUCGCCAAGCAGUUACUCGUCAUCAGGCAGUGGUGGGGGCGGUGCUGGCAGGUCUCUGAAGACCAUUGAUCCCAGUCACUUCAUCACACCUCGCAGUCCUCCUAUACAUACCAUGCAUGAAGCGGAGGCAUUGUACGACUUUGAGGCAGAGAACAACAACGAGCUGGAGUUCAAGACGGGCUGCAUCAUCCACAACGUGGUGCGCAUCGAUGAGAACUGGCUGGAGGGCACCUACGCUGGUAGAAGGGGCUACUUUCCUUCCUCCUAUGUUAAAGUCGUCUCUGGGGUCCUCAACUGAUCCAAUUCUCUCAUAGGUUUUGCCAUUCUAUUUCAGGGAAAUAUAUUUCCUGGAUAGCUCACUUAGCUGGUUUGUGCAUGUCAUUUGGUUGGUCGGUUUUGUUUAGUUGGUUGGAUUUUUAUGUGGGUGGAUUGUCCGGUUGGUUUGCUGGUUUUUUGAAAAUUUGUGUAAUUUUCUUUGUUGAAAAUCUUGCUUCAAGGUGUUGAUUCAUUGGGUAAUAACGUUUGCUAGCUGUGGUUUCAAUUCAUUUGUAGUUUGAAUUUAGAGUUAUAAAAGUUUAGUUGCUUCGUUAAAUAAUUUAUUCAUUGAUAUAACGAUUGGUCCAAAAGUGAUAUGAUGUAUAUUAUUAUUUCGUUAUUUUCAUCUUAAUGAUGUUAUAAUGCUUUCACAACAAAGAUGAGUUAACUUCUUCAUUGUCCAUUCUAUGCCGGCUUGUUGUUCGAUCAUAAAAUUAUUAUUUCUCCGCUUGGUCUGUAUGUCAGUCUACAUUAGUUGACAUGUGUUUCGAGAUAGCAUAAUUGGCUUGUGAAUAUUCAAUGAUAUUUUUGAGGGGUACAUAUUUUUGUGACUAAAUGUUUUUCAAAUAUCUUUCUCCAA